UCACUCCAAGUGCUGGUAAGGUCGACAUGAGGCUGGGGUCAGAGAUAGAGAAGAUCACUGCUCGAUUCAACGAAAUGUUGACACAAAAAGAUGAUCUGAAAUUGAGUAAAAAUGUUGAUAGGAGGUCAUACAAAACAAACGAGACACUGGCCCCAACUUCUGUAGUGACCGAAUCUCAUGUUUAUGGUAGGGAAACAGAUAAAGAGGCUCUACUUGAAUUUUUGCUGGGUGAAAAAUGUAGUGAUGCUCAAGUUUCUGUGAUUCCUAUAAUUGGUAUGGGUGGUAUAGGAAAGACAACUCUUGCCCAGAUUAUAUACAAUGAUGAAAAGGUGCAAAACUUUUUUGAUUUAAAGGCAUGGGCUUAUGUCUCUGAAGAUUUUGAUGUUGUUACGGUGACAAAAACAAUUUUGCAAUCUCUCACCUCUAGAAGCUUUGAUCGCGUGGAUCUAAAUUGGUUGCAAGUCAAACUAAAGGAGAAACUGAAAGGGAAGAAAUUUCUAGUCGUUCUGGAUGAUCUUUGGAAUGAGAAUCACCAUUACUGGACUAUCUUACGUGCUCCUUUCGAAGCAGGGGCUCCAGGAAGUACAAUUAUCAUCACAACUCGUAAUCAAGGAGUUUCAUCAAAGACGGGUACCAUUCCAGCUCACUUUUUGAAAGGGUUGUCAAAUGAAGUUUGUUUGUCUAUAUUGGUCCAUCAUGCAUUGGGUACAAGUGACUUCAGUGCACAUUUAAACCUCAAAGAUAUUGGUGAGGAAAUCGUUAGAAGAUGCAAAGGCUCUCCUUUGGCGGCAAAAGUACUCGGAGGCGUCUUAUGCAAUAAAUUGGACCGUGAUGCAUGGAAAGAUGUAUUGAAUAGUAAUAUAUGGGAUAUAGCAGAAGUGAAAAAUGAAAUUGCUCCAGCUCUUAUGUUGAGCUAUCACCAUCUCCCUUCACAUUUAAAGAGGUGCUUUGCGUAUUGUUCAAUACUUCCCAAAGAUUAUGUAUUUGAGGAGAAACAACUGGUUCUACUAUGGAUGGCAGAAGGUUUACUUCAUCCACGAGAUGGGAGAAAGCAAAUGGAAGAUUUGGGUAGUGAGUAUUUUCGCAAUUUGUUGUCGAGGUCAUUUUUCCAACAAUCAUUCGAGGAUGGAUCACGAUUUCUAAUGCAUGACCUCAUCAAUGAUUUGGCUCAAUGGGUUGCUGGAGAUAUAUGCUUUAAAAUGGAGGAUAGAGUUGGGGGUAAUAAUGGAAGGAAACAUUCUAGAAAGACUCGCCAUUUGUCUUACUUGGGUGGUCAAUAUGAUGGCAUUCAAAAGUUUGAGAUUUUUUAUGAUUUCACAUGUUUACGAACCUUCUUGCCUCUUAUGCUUCCAAAUCCAGGUCAGUGUUACUUGACUCGUAUGGUUCCUCUUAAAUUGUUGCCAAAAUUAAGACGCUUAAGGGUGCUCUCUUUGAGUGGAUACUGCAUAUCUGAGUUACCAGAAUCAAUAGGUGAUCUGAAGCAUCUACGAUACCUUGACCUUUCUUAUACUCCAAUUAGAGGCUUGCCUGAAUCAAUAACCACUCUCUACAAUUUACAGACAUUGAUAUUGGAGCGUUGUCUUUUUCUAAAGAAAUUACCUUCAAAUUUUGGAAACCUAGUCCAUCUGCGGCAUCUCAACAUUUUAGGAGCAAAUGCAUUGGAAGGAAUGCCUACGCAAAUGGGUAAAUUAACUUGUCUCCAAUCAUUGUCUAAUCUAGUUGUGGGAAAAGGUAGUUGUUCCGGGGUAAAGGAGCUAGGGCCUUUAUUGCAUCUUCGAGAGACACUAUGCAUUUCUGGAGUGGAAAAUGUGAUGAAUCGUGAAGAUGCAAUGGAUGUUAGGUUAAUUGAAAAGCACAAUCUUUCUGGGUUGUCAUUGGAAUGGAGUAGCAACUUGGAUGAGUCACAAGAUAGAACAAGUGAAUUAGAGGUACUUGACAUGCUACAACCUCAUAAGGGUUUGAAAGAGCUCACUGUUAGACACUAUGGUGGUGCAGACUUUCCGACCUGGUUAAGAGUUCCUUCAUUUUCUAAUAUGGUGCUCUUGAAAAUUGAAAGCUGUGCAAAGUGCACAUUAUUGCCACCAGUCGGACAACUACCAUCACUCAGAAACCUUUUCAUUGAAGGCAUGGCCAGUGUGAAGAAUGUUGGCCUUGAGUUUUAUGGGGAAGGUUCCUUACAACCUUUUAGGUCUUUGGAAACUUUGUGUUUCACUAGUAUGCGAGAAUGGGAGAACUGGAUUCCUUGUAGAGAAUUACCAAAAUUGCGAGAGCUUUCUAUUCGAUGGUGUCCCAAGUUGUUGGGUCAGUUACCAAACCACCUUCCUUCAUUAAAAAAUAUUGUGAUAUAUGAAUGUAAGCAAUUGGUGGUUUCAAUUUCUAGCUUUCCAGAGCUUUGCAAACUAGUAAUUGAGGGAUCAGAAGGGGUGGUGCGUGGACUGGAUUUGCCAUCUAAAUUGAGAAAUAUCGUGAUCCAAAAGUGUGAGGUCCUGGAUUCUUUACCCAGGGCAAUGAUGUACAACAACACGCAUGUUGAAGAUAUUCAUAUUAGUGAGUGUACUUCACUGAUGUACUUCGCAAUAGGCCAACUACCUCCAACUCUAAAGCGGUUAUAUAUAAAUAAUUGCACAAAUAUGGCGAUUUUGGUGGAUGGGGAAGAUAUCAACAGUUGUGGCAGCAACACAUCUCUUCUUGAGUACUUGGAAAUUAGUAAUUGUCCAUCCAUCAAAUCUUUAACAUCAAGUGGAGAAUUACCUGCAACACUUCAACACCUUAAAAUUUGGAAUUGUAAGAAGUUGGAGUUGAUAGCGAAGAGCUUCAAUCAUAACUCGUCUCUUGAAGUCAUUGAGAUCUCAUCUUGUGAGAACUUUAAAUCCUUACCCAUCGGCAUAUGCUACCUCAACCAUCUAGAUCGGAUUUAUAUUUCAAAAUGUCCAACUCUUGAUUCUUUCCCAGACAGAGGGUUGCUCCCUGCCACCUUGAAAGAACUUAUGAUUUCCAAGUGUGAGAAAAUACAGGCCUUGCCUAACUGCAUACACAACCUCACCUCUCUUCAAAAAUUGAAAAUAUGGGAAUGUCCAAGCAUUGUAUCCUUUCCGGAAGUAGGUUUUCUAACCAAUCUCACAUCACUUUCUAUCCAUGAUUUGGUGUCGUUUAAUGAGGACUUUUUUGAGCGGGGAUUGUACAAGCUUACUUCUCUUAAAGAACUUGCAAUUUACGGUGGCUCUUCGCAUCUGAUGUCCUUCCCAGAGAGCAUGGCCUGCCUGACUCACUCUUGCAACUCUAUAUCAUCGGUUGUCCUCUACUGGGAGAACGCUACAAGAAAGAUCAAGGACAAGAUUGGUUCAAAAUAGCCCACAUUCCUUUCGUUGAAAUUCGUUAGAGGUUCAUCGAAGAACCAGAAGCCAAGUUUUGUCUAGAUGCAAGUCAAGUUUCAAGAAAUAAA